AUGGCAUCAAACAAGGAUCAACACAACAAUAAUGAGUUUGAAUUACCAACACCAUCUGAUCCGGAGGUAAAAUACACUCAAGUCAGUACUAAUAAUAUGGGCAUAACUUCUAUCAACAAUUUCCAAGCUGGCUACACUGACGAAAAUCCUACAGGAUUUCGAAUUGUUCUAGCCGUUCAUGGAACUCCUGGUAGCCAUCAUGACUUUCGAUACCUUGCUCCACCUCUGGUUCAAGCAGGAUUAAGGGUUAUCAGAGUUAAUCUCCCUGGCUUUGGAGCUACGAAGAAACCGGAUGAGCUCGUAUACAAUUUUAACACAAUGGCCCAUUGGCUAGCUAACUUUUUAUCUAGUAUUAAUAUUCAUACGGUUGAUAUGGCUGUUGGACAUAGCUUUGGAUGUGCAAUCAUUGCCACCUUGUCUGUUACACAUCCAGAAUUAAUUUCAGCUUUUACACUCCUAUCUACCUUUGGCCUAAGACCCCACCGCAUUAUUAGACCAUUUGCAGCGAUAAAGUUGUCAGCAUACCUUCUGGAUCUUUCAUGGGUAACCAACUUUAUAGCUACCAAGAUUUUAACUUGUGCUUAUAGAAUGGCUGGAUUUAAAAUGAGCAAAUUUGUUGAAAAUGAAAUGGUACAUAGUCACCAGUUGACUACCAAUAUCGAUUUUGACCAGCAUGCCAAUAAUUUAAAAUCCAUUGGUAAAAGGAAAGUUCCUGUCAUUUUAGCAUACGGAAAGGAUGAUCCACUUAUUGAAAAUGAAAUAUUUAGUGAAGUUGGUCAAAUAUUAGGACUAAAAAGUAUGACGGAAUUAAGUGAUUUAAAUGGCGAACAAGGUGAGAUUCAUAUCCCUAUGUACAAUAUUCAAUGA